AUGUUGAUUCAUAAUGGACCGUCUGCCAAGGAUAAGGUGCUGGCAGCGGCUAGAGAACCAUACAAGUCCGACGACACGGCCCUUAAAUUCAAGAGCCUCAUCAAUCUCUCUCCUGUGUCGAAUCAGGAGAACGUUGUCAAGGCUGGAGACUCGACAGUUGCUAUGGAAGGCAUGUCAGCUCGGCUGUUGGAGGACAACCUUACGGUUACCUUUCCCUUCUCAAUCCUCCCAGAGCGUAUCUCCAAGGCCGACACCAAGGGCAAACGGGAAGAAACCAACGGCGAUUUCCACCUGCAGCAGUUUGAGUGGCGCAUGACAGCAAAAGACGAGAUACUCGAUAAGAAUUACGCUCAUGAGUACAAACUCUUUCGGCUUCAGCCUCCAUUUGCAAUCGGUGGCAGCGCAGCUUCAGACAAAGCUGUUGCGAUUACAUCAUUCAAGCGGUUGGUGAGCCUUACCAAACCAUUCAAGAUGAUAUUCGUCGACGUUGAAGCUCAAUGCUGUCCCGCAGAGCGAUGGAGGCUCAUGGCAUUAAUCACUGCGCUGAGAAUCUGGCAACAUGAGCAAACAAGCUUUUACUAUUCGAAUGCCAUGGCCGAAACGGCUGGCAAGUGUGUUUAG